CACAAACAACCAUCAAGUCAGUCAGCAGGGCUGCGGUGCGACCUCCAGCAGCGGCACACGCCAAGGAGGACGCACGUCAAUGCGUCCUGGGGCCUUGGUGGUGCCUCUGGGUGUGUCCUUGCCCUCCUGAGAGGCUGCGUGUGCGGGUGCUGGCGCCAGCGUUCUCUGAGACCUUGUGGCAGCUCGUGUGUCCGGCUGAGGGGCGUCAGGGUCGUCAUUGGACCUGUCGCCGAGGAUACCCAGCGGUACGAUGUCCUCUGGGACUUCAGCCUCCAGCAGCCUGCAUUCAUGUCAUUGACACAACACGCCAGCCACAGCACAGCCAUUGAGGGAGGAGGAAGGGACAGUCACCACGGUGUUGUGAUGCCUGUCUGUGUCUGUGCGUUCUGCGUAUGUGCCUGUGAGCCUCUCUGUCCUCUCUCCGUGCUUACUGGGUAUUCCACUCGCCAACGGCCCAAACCAUCCACUCUCGGUGGUGGGCGGCUGACCGGUCGGCGUACUCCUUGGCCUUUCUCUUGAAGUCCGCCUUGUGGUCCUCGUGCACUCGGUUGGUGUCGCCGUCUAGCCAGCCCGCCAUCUCCUUUAUCUCGUCGUCGCUCAGGCGCUGAAUGCUACACACGUACUUUAGCUCCCUCCACCGGUUCAGCCGCGCGAGGGCUGCACGGACACGGAGGUACUCGUCGUCCGGGUUGUACUCUCUCUCAUUGAUAAAGAAAGGCCGCGGUUCUGCGCUACACCAAUGGCCCAUUUCGCCUGUUCCCG